UAAACUAUCUUUUAUGAGGAGAACAGUUGGAUGUACUGUGCUGAGAACACAGUGUAACUGCAACUUCAAGUCUAAGCACACCGGGAGGUCAUUUAAGUUUUCUAUUGCUGUAAGCAUGUGUCUGCCCUCUAGGAGGCAGUAUGGAGUAUCCCUUUCCCCACCAGCUCAGACUGCAGUCUGUUCUCCCCAGGGACAUCAUGCAUGUGACCAUACUAACGCUGUAUAUUACUAGAGCUCCAGCUGUCAACUUAACAGAUGUCUGCACAGGCACUUAUAUUUCCAAAUGUAAAAUAACUUACAAUGUUCAUCUUUUCACACUGGAAGAGGACAUUUUCCUAAAUGAUGGUGUGCAUUUCGCACUGGAAACAAAGUUUAAGGGCACUUUUUUCAAGAGACCGCUUAAUGUGUCAAGUUUUGCUUUAUUCCCCUGGCCUGACAGUUUCACAGCUUUCAAAGAGACCAGACAAACAGCUGGAAUCAAGUUUUGCAGCAUUCGCAGGGUGUGUGUCUUCUGCACCGUAUUGAUUUAUUAUAAUUUUUUUGCUGUUGAUAUUAGACAGGAGACUGGAACAUGGCAGUUCAUUUCUAAUAGCGCUGACUCACGCCGUAGCCCAUUGGCGUCUCAGCAUUAAAAGGCAGCGAGUCAGAGACAGAAGCGUAGCGCCUUCUUCCCCACUUUGAUGAGAGACGCUGCUUUACUGCCCCACUGCUCUGUACUCAACUCUUACUUGCACACUACAAUCUUUCAGCCAUCCAUCUAAUACGUGCCGCCUUACAAUGCUCCUCGGUUUGAUGUUCUGAUCUAACAUUCAGGGCAGCUUUGAGGCUGAGUCUCUCUCUUUUCUUUCUUUUAUCGUUUGAGUAUCUGUCUGAUGCUGUGUUGGCACAUCUGAUUGUGUAUGCAGACUCUGUACUGAGCAUGCCAGCCUGUGACAGGGACUGCAAUGCAGAGCUGCUCUCCUGGCACACACCAUUUGUUUGCCCUUAAUGUAAAUAAUCCUGAACAUGCAGCCGAUCAAGGCAGAGACGGCUUCUGAUGGAUUAUGUGUCUACACGCAUUCGGGUUGGUGCAUGUGGGGUGCACAUUCCUGUUCUUGUCUUUUCUUCGUGUGUUGUCGCUCAAAUAAAAGUGAGCCAAUGGUCUCUCUCUCUUUCUGUCUUGCCUGUCUUUUGUCUCCAUCGCACAUGAACACGUUUACUCUCUGCAGGGCAGUUAUCCGCAUCAGACUCUCUCUCUUUCUCUUUCUCUCUUACUCACUCUCCCUCUCUCUCUCUCUCUCUCUCUCUCUCACUCUGUGUCCUUAAAUGACUUUCCUUCAGUCUCACUCCCUCCCCCUCUCUCCCUAGUCUCUGUGUCUGUGCCUAUAGCCUCUCUCCCCCUUUCUGUGACAUACAGUAGAUGGUGCAUCGAUUGCACACAGACGCUUGCUUUCCCUCUCGCUGGCUCAGUCUUGUGCGGGGAGGAAGAGGACGGAUUGAGACGUAUCUCUGCUUCUCAAGAUGUCUGGUGAGAACAUCCUGUCUUCUCCAGAGAUCUGAAACGGGCAUUAUGUCUCAGCUCUUGCACAUGGAGAUUCCAAACUUCGGCAGCACUGUUCUGGACAGCCUUAACGAACAGCGGCUGCUGGGCCAGCACUGCGAUGUGGCCAUCAUGGUCAACGGACAGGCCUUCAAGGCCCACCGUGCUGUUUUGGCGGCAAGCAGCCUCUACUUCCGUGACCUGUUCAGUGGUAGUGCCCAGACGCUCUUUGAGCUGCCCUCGUCCGUGGCCCCGUCCUGCUUCCAGCAGAUUCUGUCAUUCUGCUACACGGGCCGGAUGACGGUGAGUGCCAGCGAUCAGCUGAUGGUCAUGUACACCGCAGGCUACCUUCAGAUCCAGAACAUCGUAGAGCGAGGGAUGGACCUCAUGUUCAAGGCCAGCGCUCCAUACUGCGAUUCGCAGACAUCGGCCACGGAUGAUCCCCCGAGCCCAAACAACAACAACUCCUCCCUGUUGCUAGGUGACCAGCCCACUACUGUCUGCAGGAUCAAGGAAGAGAAGCUGGAGACCCCAGUGUGUGCUCAGAACGGGGAGCUAAAGCACUCAGAGGAGGACAGGGGUGCUAGGGGCAGAUCUUCAAGGAAUGGCACUCUUUUCUACACAAGUGGAGGUGCAAACGGGAUCAUACCUGUGAUGCAUGUUUACGAGCACUCGACCCGAGAUCAUGCCAGUCCCAGUGCCUCUAGCCUCCCGACCACAGACAGCCCAACUUCACACCAAAAUGAAGAGGAGGACUUUGAAGACGACUCAUAUGAGAGCCUGACAAAUGGGAAGAUCUUCGGGGGCUCGUCCGGGAUCUACGGCAGUAAAUGUCAUUUAAUGGACUUCUCUUUUGCUCCAUUGCAACUCAAAACACUACGGAUUUAUCCCUGUGAGUGUGAUCUGUUGUGUGUCUUACCAGUGCAAGAGAAGAUGGAGGUGUCCUCCCUGCCUCUGUCCUUGGAGAACCGUUUCUGUGUGCUGUUAGGAGGAGACCGAGAGGCUCUGCCUGCCGGACUCAUCAGCCAGAUCGGCUACCGUUGCCACCCUGCUCUCUACACAGAGGGCGACCCUGGAGAGAGACUGGAGCUGAUUGCAGGAUCUGGUGUCUUCAUGACCCGUGGGCAGCUGAUGAACUGUCACCUCUGUGCUGGGGUCAAACACAAAGUCUUGCUGAGACGUCUUCUAGCUGCUUUUUUUGACAGGAACACACUGGCUGACAGCUGUGGGACUGGAAUACGUUCCUCCAACUGUGAUCCAAAUCGCAAACCACUGGACAGUCGCAUACUCAACACAGUCAAACUUUACUGUCAGAACUUUGCCCCUAACUUCAAAGAAAGCGAGAUGAAUGUGAUUGCCGCAGACAUGUGCACCAAUGCCCGUAGAGUUCGCAAACGCUGGCUCCCCAAGAUCAAGUCCAUGCUUCCGGAAGCAAUCGAGGUGUACAGGGGGACUGCGGUCCUGAGCCAGGUGGAAGGAGCUACCCAACCAGGCGGUGGCUUUCCCUUUGAGUCAGAGUUCAAACACCUGGCAGCAUCAAAUCUGACUCUGGAGCAGCAUCUCUAUGGAGACUGCAGAGAGACACUGAGGAAUGGUUCUCACUUCAAUAUGGAAGAGAAGUCCCAAAAAGGUGAAGAAGCCAAGACUGAGCCAAACCGAGCCAAAGAGCCAGACAACCUGCAGGAAGUUGAAAGGCUUCCGGAGAGUCCCGAGAGAGCGGCCAGUGUGCUCGCCCUCAACCCUGCCAGCAAGAAAGGGGAAAAAGAGCAUGCAGCCAGCAGCCCCAGAUCACAGAGAGAGGAACAGAACAGACAGAGACCACUAAAAGACGAUCAGUGACUUCCUCCACUUCAUACUAUUAAAAACUGGUCUGCAGCUUCUCACACCAAAAAGGAUCAUUAUCAGUAAAGGCAAUCUCCCAUGCCACUGAACAUAACAUUAAAGCUGCAUGAUCAUGGAAACUGGACAUACAACAUUUUUUCAAGGAUAGACUGAAAAACGUCUGCGUUAAAUACGGUUGUGAUUACAAGUUUACAUACUUCUUGAAGAACCUACAAAAUGUUUGUUUCUUUCUUUUUAAAAAAAGUGAUCAUAACAACUGCACUUUAGUUUAUUACUCACCUCAUGAAGCUGUUUGAGAGAUAUUAACAUAUAUUCCACAAGACGAAAUAAUUAAAUUCACACAUCUGAUUUUCAAAGGUUUACAUACCCUUGGAUUUUAAUAUCAUAUAUUGCCUUCUCAAGCAUCAGUGACUGUUUGUAGGUCUUUUGCGAGAUAGUUUGUGCAUAAGUUUCUGUUUUGUCCUGAGCAGUUAAGCUGUUCUUGACAAAGCCUCCAGGUCCAGUAAGUUAUUUGGUUCCCAGCAUGCUCUGCACAUUUGAGUUCUUCCCUACAGUGGCUAUAUAAUACUGAUAUCCAGUUUUGCUGUUCUGGACAAUUGAGGGAUUCAUGCAAAACUGUGGUGCUUGAGGCAACUCACAAUAUUAGGAAUCAAAGGUAUGCAAACGUCUCAUUAGGAUUUUUGUGUGUUUUUUUUUUUUUUUUUUUUUUUUUUUUAAUUUACACAAAUAUCUUUUAUGCAGCUUCUUCAGGGCAAUACUAAAUUACAUUUUCAUGAUCUUAUUUUAGAUGAUUUAUCUUACCGAUUCCCUAAGGGGUAUGCAAACAUCUGAGCACGACUGUCUAAAAAAGUUAAGAAUCUUUAAAGAAGCCAUUUAGCAUACAUAAAUACCGGCACAUAUACAAGCCCAGUACAUUAAGGCAAGCUGCAGUGCGUUUUAUGAAUGCAUGUGAUGCAUAAGCUCUGGCAUUUCUGGCAUUUCUGGCUAAAUACUCUUGCCAAUUACAGAAACAAAUGGAUUAUGGACUUCUGCAUGGCAAAAACAAGUGAAGGACAAAGGCUCUCCUUAAUAUAACAUGACUUACAUGCUUCAGAAAUCAACUAUACUGCUUUGACUCCAGCAGGACAGCGGGGUUGCUAUGUACAAAGCUGACUGUGGGACUGCUGAGUUCAGUACAGUAAGGGAAGCUGAACAGAGAACAACAGUUCUCUAGAGAGUAGCCUGGACUCUCAGUUUUCCCUCUCAAGCUUUUUAAUCUUACUCUUGUUCUCAAGCUGCUGUAUAGUAAAUGCUUGCCUGUUUUUUGCAUAUCAGCUGGUCUGGACAUUUGAAACGUGGUUAUAUGAUUGUUUUUUGGAAGCGAAAUAAAGGAAAGGAUUAUUUUGAGGGA